CCAAGCCCCACAGAGAAUGGCUCUGUCCAGCCUCAGUGUGGUGUGAAGGGGAUGAAAGAGGCAGAGGCUCCUGGCUCAGCAGUAAAGGAGGAGAGUUCUGUCUCUUCCCCACCCAUGGGUGAUGAUGCUCCUGCAGCCACUAGCCCCUCCCCAACAUCCCCAGCAGAAGAUGCCAGUUCAGUCAAGAAAGUGUCCGUUGAUCUGCCUAAUGAUAGUGCUCCUGUGCCAGCAAAGGAGAGAAAGGACUCAGUGUGGUCUUUGGGAGAGGGCCAGGCCCCAGAGGAACUUGAAAAGCCCGUCGACAGCCCUCCACUGUCCACUCUGCUCAUAGAGAAACCACAGAGCGGCACUGUGCCUGUGGGAGGAGACAUUACCUUUGUUGCUAAAGUGGAAGCUAAAGAUCUUCUCCGAAAGCCAACUAUCAAGUGGUUCAAGGGAAAAUGGAUGGAUCUUGCCAGCAAGACCGGAAAGCAUUUACAGCUGAAAGAAACCUUUGACAGGGUUACAAAGAUACAUACAUUUGAGAUGCACAUCAUAAAAGCCAAAGAGAACUAUGCUGGGAACUACAGAUGUGAGGUCACCUACAAGGACAAGUUUGACAGCUGUUCUUUUGACUUAGAGAUUAAAGAAACUGAACAGAGCUCCCAAAACAUUGACAUUCGCUCAGCUUUUAAACGGAGGGAGCCUAAACAACAGGACGACACCCCAGAGGUAGACGUUUGGGAGAUCCUAAAAAAUGCACGCCCAGAUGAGUAUGAGAAGAUUGCAUUUAUGUAUGGCAUCACAGAUCUGAGAGGUCUGCUACGAAGGUUGAAGAAAAUACCCAAAGAGGAGAAGAAGAGCGAAGCAUUUGCUAAGAAGUUGGAACCAUCCUAUCAGGUAGAUAAAGGAGGGAAGAUUCGCCUUGUGGUGGAUUUAGCUGACCCCACGGUUGAUCUGAAGUGGUACAAGAAUGGACAAGAAAUCAGACCAACUCCCAAGUAUAUCUUUGAGCAUAAAGGCACACAAAGGAUUAUGGUCAUCAACAACUGCACCAUGAAUGACGAUGCAGCCUACUCUGUGGCUGCAGGAGAUGAGAAGUGCAGCACUGAGCUGUUUGUUAAAGAGCUGCCAGUUAAGAUUAUAAAAAGUCUUGAUCCAGUGAAGACUACUGUAAAUGAGCGAAUUGAACUGGAGUGUGAGGUGUCCGAGGAGGGUGCUCAGGUGAAAUGGAUGAAGAAUGGUGUUGAAGUCCCAACAGGAGUGCGUUCCAGAUAUCGAGUAAAGUGUGAAGGCACUAAACACUAUUUGGUGAUUGAUGAUGCCUCCAGGGACGAUACAGGGACAUACUCUGUCAUGGCCACUGGGGGCACUUCUGAGUGUCAUGUGCAGGUUGACUUGAAACCCCUUAAGAUCUUCCAGGACCUGCAGGAUAUAACCGUAAGGCUGGGGCAGCCAAUUAAGCUGCAUUGUGAGAUAUACCCAGGCAAUGUACCAGGCCGUUGGUACAGAAAUGGACAACUGAUUCAGCCCAAUGACCGCAUCAAUAUUAUUCACAGAAACAAAAUCCAUCGACUGGAAAUUGAAUCUUGCUCCCUGCAUGAUGCUGGAGAUUACACAUUUGUGCCCGAGGGAUAUUCUCAAAGCCUCUCUGCCAAAGUUCAUAUCAUUGACCCACCAAGAGUUCAUCUGGACAGUUUGAAUUUUCCAGACAACACAGUGGUUAUUGUAGCAGGAAACAAACUUCGACUGGAGAUUCCCAUCAGUGGUGAACCAGCACCCAGGGUGGUGUGGAUGAAGGGUGAAAGGGUCAUUCUUGAGUCUGGUCAUCGUGUUAGGGCAGAGACUUAUGGAGACCAGACCAGUUUGACGAUUGAUAUCACGGAGCGUGACGACACUGGAAACUACAAGAUAGUUCUCCAGAAUGAAGCUGGGGAAGCCACCGCCAGUGUCAAAAUCAAAGUUGUUGACAUACCUGAUGCUCCGGAUGCUCCAUUGGUUCCAGUUGUAGGUGGUGAUUGGUGUUCGAUGACAUGGGAACCUCCCAAAUAUGAUGGAGGUUCCCCUAUAUUAGGCUACUUCAUUGAACGAAAGAAGAAACAGAGCUCAAGAUGGAUGAGACUAAAUUUUGACUUGAUCAAAGAAACGUGUUUUGAGCCAAAGAAGAUGAUUGAGGGUGUGCCUUAUGAAGUGAGGGUCUUUGCUGUCAACGCCAUAGGCAUAUCCAAGCCCAGUGAGCCAUCAAAAGCCUUUGUUCCCCUGGCUGUGACCAGUGAACCCACUAUGCUGGUGGUUGAUGAUGUCACUGAUAACUCAGUCACUCUGAAAUGGCGCCCACCUGAAACCAUUGGAGCCGCUGGUCUGGAUGGAUAUUUAGUGGAGUAUUGCUUGGAAGGAACUGAUGAGUGGAUUCCUGCUAACAAAGAAUUAAUCGAGAAGACCAAGUACACCAUCACAGGGUUAAAACCAGACUCUAAAAUUUUAGUACGUGUUAAAGCCAUCAAUAAAGCUGGGGCUAGUGCCCCAAAAACCAUUCAACACUCUAUACUAGUCAAAGAGGUCAUUGAACCACCAAAAAUCCGUGUGCCACGCCACCUCAAGCAAACAUACACCCGCAGAGUGGGAGAGGCAGUUAACCUUGUUGUCCCAUUUAUGGGUAAACCCAGGCCAAAGGUCACUUGGCUAAAGGAAGGCAAGCCCAUUGAACCAACUCAUGUAAGCAUUCGCAACACUGACAGUGACAGCAUCAUCUUCAUCCGCAAAGCGGAACGCAGCCACUCUGGAAAGUAUGAUAUGAAAGUGCAGGUUGACAAUCAUGUGGACACAGCUGUCAUUGACAUUCAAAUAGUAGACCUACCAGGACCUCCUCAGUCUGUGAUAAUUGAAGAUGUCUGGGGAGGAAAUGUAGCUCUUGUCUGGACACCACCGAAAGACAAUGGAAAUGCACCAAUAACUGGCUAUACUAUUCAAAAGGCAGACACAAAAACUAUGGAGUGGUACACAUGCAUUGAGCAUUACCAUCGCACCUGCAUUACCAUCACAGAGCUUGUGGUCGGGAAUGAGUAUUACUUCAGGGUCUUCUCUGAGAAUAUGUGCGGUCUGAGCGAAUCAGCCACUCAAACGAAGAAGAGUGCCCUCAUUAUGAAAGAAGGCAUGCAGCUCAAAAUUCCCGAGUACAAUGACCAUGACUUUAAGGAGGCGCCCAAGUUUACCCAGCCACUGAUCAACACGUUUGCCAUCGCCGGAUACAACACCACUCUAAACUGUAGUGUCCGUGCCAACCCAAGGCCCAAAGUGAUCUGGAUGAAGAAUAAAAUAACCAUCCUAGAUGAUCCUCGCUACCGUAUGUUCAGUAACCAAGGCGUCUGCACACUGGAGAUCAGGAAGCCCAGUCCCUAUGAUGGCGGGAUGUACACCUGUAAGGCCAUCAAUGACCUUGGAGAGGCGCAGGUUGACUGCAAACUGGAGGUCAAAGGAGGAUUCACCUUUUAUGAGCUCAUGCAUCGUGGAGUGCCACUACACUUGAUCGACAAGUACAUGAACGAGGCAAAGAUUGUUGAGCAGGAGAAGUAGAUGCACUGUGCAAUUAGACACUUUGUCAACUCCCAUUCUACCCCAGCAAUGUCAUUGAUGUGGACAUCUCAUUAUCCUAAAGCGAUGAAGAAACAGGGGCUAGGCUGCAAAUAAGGGGCUUCUUCCAACUCAAGACUGUCAGACAUCAGCUGUGUGCAAAACAUAAAUAUUGUAAAUGCCCCCAAAAGCAAGAAUUUAUA